AUGUUUCGCAUGCUUAAUUUGAGAAGUUUAGCACAGAACAAGAAUAAGUUUCUUGCUCACAAAGGUGGAAUUGGGCGUGUAGACUCUACCAGCAGCGUAGUGUACUGCCCGUUCCGAAAAGUGUCCCAUUUAUGUAACCGGGAGCGAGUGCCCGAUCUACUUAUAGCACGAGGCAAUGCAGCGCUGAACAUAAAACGCGUCCAUUCGACCACCCCAUCGGCGGAAAUUGUAUCGAGCAUAGGCGGUAAAAAGACGAAGCGGAGACGCUCGAAUGAAAAUAAAUUUACCGAGCUACUUGCAGUGAAAGAUGGCGAUACCAAAGAAACGAAAGCAACGGUGCAGAAAUUAAAAUCGAAAAAGUUAGCCAACUUCAUACACGAUCAGAUUACCUUCGAAGCCUGUUCGCACAGCACACCCAUAUCGUCUUCCGACAAAAAUACCGAUGAGCUACCUCAAUCGAGUAGGAUUGGGCCGGCCCUGCCAGCAGAUAUGUCGCACUGGAACUUUGAGGAAACGCCAGUGAUCUAUAUUGGUGGUGAAAUGAAGGAAACAGACAUAUCGCCCGACAUACUUUCGGAGAUCAUCGAAAGUGUACAGGUACUAAAGGAAGUACACCAGAACCGGGCACUACGCGUGAGUGGAGCGCUGGCACCACACGACGAGCUAGAUCCGGCACUCGAAGAAGAGGUAGGAUUGCUAGAAUCGGAAGCGAUACUCCCGGAAGAAGCGGAUCUCGCGUUCGACGAACCGAUUGAUUUGACCAGCACCCAAGGUGGGGCUGGCAGUUCCAAGAGGACGAAACGAGGCAGCAAACAGCCACAUCCAUUGCUGGACGGUUCGGAGAAGGGCAAAAAGUUUAGCUCCAAGUAUUACAAAACGUCCGAGAUUGAGUGCCUUGCCCGGCAGCGUAGUUUCCAGUUGACGCUGAACGCCUAUCUGGACAUCUGCAUCACCACUGGGAUGGUAAAUCGAGCGUACGCUACCACGCUCAACUAUCGCCAUAAGCGCAAACGCCGGGAGUUCGAUGUGGGUACGUACAAUCAGUUGAUCCACGCGUACGCUGGUAAGGGAAAUUUUUCACGCGUGAAGGACAUAGUGAGGGUGAUGCGGGAGGAUUCCAUUACACCGAAUGCACAAAUGUACGCGGGAAUCCUCGAAUGUCUGGGUCGCCUGGAACCGACCGCAGAGGUGCUAAAGCUGGCGAACCAUUACGUGCAUGAGGCUAGCACGGUUGGAUUUACCAUGACCGAUAUUCUGGAUCAGAGUAAAUUCACGCACGAUCAGCAAGAUGUCGUGCUGUCCCUGUUCCGUCGAAUGGUACCGAACUAUGUGCCCGUAUAUCGGGCACCAAUCUUGACGUAUAACAAUCACUUACUGGACGCAUUAAAUGCGAACGUAUUGCCCGUUGGAACCAGCAAACCACCCGCUGAGGAAGGAUGUUAUCCCGGGUCGGAAAUUAUGAUACCCAGAGGAGGCUUCAAAAGGGAAGAAUUGCAACAGAUGGCUCAGAACCAGGUAGAUCUGGAGUUGAGCGGAUAUUUAGCGGUAAAAAGCAUCGAAAAGUUUCCCGCUCCAACGGAGCAAGUAAUGCAGUAUCGCAAAGAACUGGACGAGUUGAAAAAAGUGUGGUCGAAACAGAUCGCGAUGGCUUUCCAUCGGGACUUUAACACACUGAAAGCGGUCACCGAAACAAAAUCGUCUCGCACCAUUAAUCUGUUCCCGUAUCUUAAAGCACUUUCGGUGCAACAGUUUACCGAAAUCUUGCUCGACGAGGUACAGAUGCUGCUGGAAGGGUCCGAUACGUUUAGCUUCGUAAUAUCGCAACUACAGCGCGAACUGGGACGGAAAGUAGAGUCCCGCUAUCACGUUGAGCAGAAGCGCAUGAAUGGAGUGUUGGGGAAGACGUGUGAGAUUUAUGACCGGUACACAUCGGUCCUGGCGGACGGUCAGUCGAGUGACAAUCCCCGACAGCUUUGGCAACGUUUGGUGCACGACAUGCGCUGUUCGGGUCCGAGCAUGGAUAUACAGAGUGUCGCGUGGCCCAAGGCGGCGGUGCACGGUGUGGGCAAGUUUCUGUACAACAUCCUCAAGUGCGAUCUGAAGAUAAACGUGAAUGCAACGAACAAAGCUAACCGUAAGGUGAAGCUAGUGCCGGCCUUUUACACACUGUUCCGGUACGAGGCAAAGAUGGCGAAGGAACAGAUAAAACCGCAUCCGGUGCUGAUGAAACUGUACCGCAAAUCGCAACCCGACACGCUUAAGUUUGAUGUUAAUCUAGUCCCGAUGCUAUGUCCACCGCAACCGUGGAGUACACCCCGCAAUGGUGGGUACAUUCUGGCGGAAUCGGAACUUAUCCGAUUGCCGCAUCAGGCACAUCAGCAGACAGAGCGCAUAGAUGAUGCCGACCCGCAGGACAUGUAUCCCACGCUGGACGCUUUGAAUCAGCUCGCCAGCAUACCGUGGGUCGUGAACGGACAAAUUCUGGAUGUGAUCGUGCAGGUGUUCAAUAGCGGAGGCAAUGCAAAGCUGGACGUACCGGAACCACCGUCCUCACUGCCACCCAUUGUAGAGACGGCUCCGAGAAGUGAAAUGAGUGGGUACGAGAAGUAUCACCUGCUACGGAAGCGUCUCUAUCAUCGGCGCAAACAGGGCGACAUGUAUAGUUUGUGGUGCGAUGCGCUUUACCGCCUUUCGUUGGCCAGCCACUACCGGGAUAAGGUGUUCUGGUUGCCGCAAAACAUCGACUUCCGUGGACGUGUUUAUCCGAUACCGCCUCAUCUGAACCAUCUCGGGCAUGACCUUGCCCGUUGUCUGCUGGUGUUUCACCAGAAGAAACCGCUCGGUCCGGAUGGGUUCCGGUGGUUGAAGCUGCACUGCAUUAAUCUGACCGGUUUGAAGAAGCGUGAAUCGGUUGAGGAGCGAGUACGGUAUGCGGACGAAAUCAUGGACGAUAUACUGGAUUCGGCCGAUCGACCAUUGACGGGCAGGAUGUGGUGGAGUAACUCGGAUGAACCUUGGCAAACGCUGUCGUGUUGUAUGGAGAUUGCCAAGGUGCACAGAUGUGCAGAUCCGGAAAAGUUCGAAAGUGGUUUCCCAAUUCACCAGGAUGGAUCCUGCAACGGAUUGCAGCACUAUGCCGCGCUGGGUCGUGACACACCCGGUGCAAUAAGCGUCAAUCUAGCACCGGCCGAUGUGCCGCAAGAUGUGUACAGUGCGGUGGCGGCACUGGUUGAAGAAAACCGCGCCAAAGAUGCACAGAACAAUGUGAAGGUGGCUGCCGUGCUGGAUGGUUUCAUACGGCGCAAGGUGAUCAAACAAACUGUGAUGACGACUGUGUACGGUGUGACACGGUACGGUGCCCGCAAACAGAUUGCCCGCCAGCUCGAAUACAUCGACGAGUUCCCGAAGGAAUGGAUCUGGCCGGCAUCGAACUACCUCACGGUGAAGACGUUCGAUGCGCUGAGCGAAAUGUUUACCUCAGCCAAGGAAAUACAGGACUGGUUUACGGACUGCGCGCGGCUGAUAUCGGCCGUCUGUGCACAGAAUGUGGAAUGGGUAACGCCGCUUGGGCUGCCGGUAGUGCAACCGUACAACCGGGCGGAUCGACCCAUCGGUUCCAGCAAGUCGGUCCAGCUGCCGGAACAUUUCGCGAUGGAUUCGUACGAGAAACCGAACAUUAUGAAGCAAAAAAAUGCGUUCCCGCCAAACUUUGUGCAUUCGCUUGAUUCUAGCCACAUGAUGCUAACGUCACUCUACUGUGAGCGGGCCGGUUUGACGUUCAUUUCGGUGCACGAUUGCUACUGGACACAUGCCUGCACCGUGCCAACCAUGAACAGGAUUUGUCGCGAACAGUUUGUUGCACUGCAUUCCGAACCGAUAUUGGAAGAUUUGUCCAGAUUUUUGGUACAAAAGUACAGCUACGAAGAGAAUGAAAUUAGCAACGAUGGUUCGGUAAUCGAUCUCACCAAGCGCAAGCUGAACCGUAUCCUGCAGCAGUGCCCCGAUAAGGGUGAUUUCGAUCUACGCAAGGUGCUUGAUUCGGUGUAUUUCUUUAGCUAG